CAGGGCCAGCGGCCUAAGCCCAGAGAAAGGCAGACAAGCUGAGAUGAUGAUGGAUGCUAGCUACGAACAUGGUGAAACUUAGUCUACAUGCUGACUAAGCUGUGGAAAGGGCCGAUAGGACCCUUGGUGCGUAGCUCCUGCCCUUGGGACCCCUGGUCCAACGGUGCUGCUAAUGUCCCGCGCGGUGCUGCUAAUGUCCUGCAAGGUGCUACUAAUGCGCUACGCGGUGCUAUUCAUGUCCUGCGCGAGGAUACAAGUACGAUUGUUGUUGUCCAUGAUGUCCUGGAACGGUUUGUUGAUGGCAUCUAAUGAGGCCCCCCGUCCCAAGACUUUUUCUUUCAUGUCAGAGAUACCGGAUUCUAGGACUUCUAAUUUGGCCUCUAUGCGGCGGAGAAUGUCGUUCCGAUCCUGUGAACUCCCUGCAGGCUUCGUCGGGCUUGCUAUUACGAUGACUUUCCUCAUCGUUAUCAAGUGGGGAAAGAGCUGGCGAAUAGCGAGUCGUAAAAGAUAUUGGGGAUAUGUUGCCGAUGGUACUCUUGGGCAUUAGACACAUUAACAAGCCGAUUCUCAAAAUGCCAAACGUCAUUGACACACCAGAAAGAAAGUUGCUAU